GAUAGUCGAUAGAUGUCGCCGUAACGUUAUGUGAGAUCGAAAUUUCUCGUAAUAAAAAGUGAUCGCGACGAAUCGUGAUGGCAGACAAUCGAGGAUAACAUCGACGCCAUCGAUACAACGUGUAUCGAUAUUCUCGCAGCAUAGCAGCAUAGAAAUAAUCCUUGCGUGGUGUCUUGGUGCCGUGGUGUCGUUGAUCAUCGUUGAUCAUCGUUGAUGCGGCAGGCAGCAACGCAGCAACGAUGGCGAUCAUUUCGUUUGAUGCUACGGUUACGUGUUACGCUAGUUUGCUGCCUCUAUAAUUAUAUGUAUACAUACAUGUACAUAAGUACAUGUUUCCUUGUUGUGUAAAAAAUAAGUAAGAAACUAGUGCGUACCGAGUUAAAGCAAGACGUGUGAAUAAUUGCCAUGCUUUGGCUGUUUGUUAAACACAAAACUCGCAUAAAGCGAAUUUAAAGGAUAAACAACCAUCUGUUCGUAAACAUGUUCAGGAAAGUGUUAGAUAAAACAAGGAAAUAUUCGAGGAUAUUAAAUAUUGUUGCUUCUACCGAAGCAGUAUGGGAAUGAUUUAUUUAGCGAAAUAUUCUUCGAUUCGCGUGAAAAGCAACCUUGUUUCUCUGCUGGAGUUUGCGAGGACUCGUCGUCACGCAGGAAUUCGCUCUUGGAAUUGUUCCAUGAUAUAUAUAUUAAAUAUAUGUAUGUAUAUUGCAACAACGUAAGCGAAGAAUUCGUUCGAAAGCAUCGAAAGGAAAUAAUAAACGAGCAGCGAAAAGUUUCACGAUGCAUCAAUUGUUACAUCUUCGUAAUCGGCCGUUGCAAACCCUAAUACUAGGAUUAAUUGCAUUGACUUUUUACGCAUAUUAUCGUACUACUUAUUACGAUGUAACUCAAUACACCGUAUCUCGGAAUAUUAGUUAUUCUCCGUUUCGAGAAAUGUACAAACAGCGAGCAAAUGCAAGCGCAGAGCCACGUAUGGUUGUCCCGUCAAAGAACGCUUCCGUUGAAUCUUCAGUAGCAGCAGCAGCAGCUGGUUCUUAUAAUUCGCAAAAUACCAGCAACGUUUCAAAUUCUCUGGUUACGAUGCUGUCGCCGUCUUCUAGUAGUUCUCAAGCUCUGUCUUUCGUUAAUAAUAUAUCGAUAGUUGGUUCGAAACAAAGCAGCGAAAAGCCUGCAGCGCGAGCGGAAAAGGCUUUCAACAAUGAAACGAAAGAAGCCUCGACAGUUUUUAACGAGUACUCUUUACGUGCUAUUUACGAAGCUGGUCACACGGUACCGAUUCCGGAAAGCUGCCCAAAUUUUGGCAAAGAAAUGGAUCUUGUUAUAAUAAUAAUGUCAGCGCCGACUCAUCUCGAGGCUCGAAUGGCAAUACGACAAACGUGGGGUCACUUUGGUCAGAGGAACGACAUUGCGAUCUUGUUUAUGUUGGGUGCAACUUUAGACCCGAAAGUGGAAAUGAUUUUAAGGAAAGAACAAAAGACUUACAACAAUAUAAUACGUGGAAAAUUUUUAGAUUCUUACUCCAACUUGACGCUUAAAACGAUAUCCACCUUGGAAUGGGUGGAUAGUUAUUGCCCGAAGGUUAAAUUUCUUUUAAAAACCGACGACGAUAUGUUUAUUAACGUUCCGCGUCUACAGGCUUUCAUAAUGAAACACGCGAAAGACAAGAACGUGAUAUUUGGUAGAUUGGCUAAAAAGUGGAAACCAAUUAGAAAUAAAAAAAGCAAAUAUUAUGUUUCUCAAACGCAGUUCAAACAUACCGUUUUUCCAGAUUUCACCACUGGUCCGGCUUAUCUAUUGUCUACCGACAUCGUUCGCAAAUUGUACGACGCUGCAUUCGAUCAAACGUACCUCAAGCUUGAAGACGUUUUUGUCACCGGUAUCGUUGCCGACAAACUAGGAAUUAAGAGGACGCAUGCCAACGAAUUUUUAAAUAAAAAAAUAUCGUACAGCGCAUGCAACGUGCAACGUGGUAUCAGCAUUCAUAUGGUCAAGUAUGUUGAACAGUUUGAUCUUUGGAAGAAAUUACUGGACGGAAAGAGCAAAUGUAAAUGAUAAGCAUCUAUAACAAGCUAAUCCUCCAAACGGCACUUGUCUUUUAGUUCGUGUACCUCGUUUACCUUGUUUAUCAUAGACCAGCGACAUCACUUUCUAUUUUCUACGCAUCGAUCCAGUAUUUGUUCCUUCGUCGUUCGUCGUUCGUCGUUCGUCGUUCGUCGUUUGUCGUUUGUUGUUCGUUGUUCGUUGACGGGCGAUUGACGAUCGACGAUCGACGAUCGACGAUAGAUCGAAAGAAAUGUUUUAUCAACAGACUGUAAUUCUUUGUUCGAAUCGUUAUUUUCUCGUUAUUUGUCGCAAACAUUUGCCUCUGAUCGUAGUAAUAACUAUGGAGUUUCCAAGCUUUCCUAUUCGAGCGGUAACGAGUAAAGAAUCGUUCGUAACGUACGUAAUCUUUACUCCCCAAUUUGUUUGCGAUUAAACAUGAAAACGUGUCUUAUCCUUCUUUCUCACAAUCAGAAUAAUUAUAGCAGAUUCGUUUACUCGUAUAAUGUUGUCGAUUUAAUACUCUCAUGUACUCGAUAUUCCGUUGUACAGCUUUAUACACGUAAAAAAAAAAAGAAAAGAAAA